AUGGCACUUCCAGAUUAUAUGACUGACAUGAAUGCCGUCCUUAAGGACAAAGUGGAAUGGCUUCACGGGACAAUUCCAGAUUAUAGUAAAGCUAAUAACCUGUUUCUUAAAGAACGUACAAAGAUUCACGAAUCCGGCUCCCUUGAAGAUCUCGUCACGAACCUGGUCAAAAACUGGGAAAAGGAGGCAUCUCACAAGCCCAAGGCUACUGAUUGGCGUACAAUUGACCACAAAGUUUACAGAUUCUCCACAAACGGCGGAGCAUGGUCCACAGCGGAAGACAUGAUCAAAAUCGGUACUUAUAAUGCUCUCAUCGGUGAAUCAGAAUAUUAUGCGGCAAGUAGAAUCAUGGAUUCUGUGGACUCUCAUAAAGUUUUUCGUGGUUGUCUUCGUUCAGGAUUCGCUUGGGAAUGUUUAGAAUGGGGUAAGAUGAGCGGUAAUCUACGAUGUCCUAUGCGCAACGGUUCAGAUCUUAUAGCGGAACCAACAAACGAAAUAGUGGACCUUUUUGGCGUUACAGUUGCUACUAUUAAUGAGAAAUUUCAGAUUUUGCAGUUAGAAACGUUUUUUAAUCCGGAUGAUUUGUUUUCGCAAAUGGUUAAAAAUUGUCCUGUUGCUGGGGUUGCUACAAAAUAA